UAAUUUUAUUUCAGUACGAAACGGGAAUUCAACGAGAGCGGUUGUUCAAUACGGCUGACGACAGCGACAACCCAAGUGCCAAGUAGUUCAGCGCGACACAACAAAUCAAGAAGUCAUAAAAAUAAUAAUAACAACAACAACAACAAAAAAUAAACUAAAAUAAUUCGCUUGCAGUUAACAAACAAUUCGUGGCAAUAUAGAAAAAGUGUAAAACUCCAACAACAACAACAAAUAUAAUGUAAAUACUUGAAGACAACCACAACAACAACAAAAGAAAAGAUAAUCAGCCAAUUUAACAAACAAAAGCAAUCUACUAAACGAUCUCCGUCUUUAAAACAAAAGCAAAAGCGACAAGUGAAACAAUUAAAUAAAAAAAAAAUACUAAACAAUGUUUAUUAACAAAUAAUCGACAUAAUUAUACAACAAUUACAAUAAUAACUAAAAAUAUUUAAACAAAAGUCGUGCCAUCAAAAUUGCAUUUUUUAAAUUGAGAUUCGUUUUCGUGCAGUUUGACGAACUUAUCGCAACCCAUUGCAAAAGGGUUAGAAACGCCCUAAGAGAUUUUUAAAAAAUUUUUAGAAAUAUUUUUUCUUGACUUUCAUAGACAAAAUGUGGCUCCAGUGGUCUUUGCUUGUGAUCUCGGUGGCCUCGGCCUCAGUUCUACAAAUCGAUCAGAAUCUCAAAAAUAUCAAAUUAAUUGAAAGUAAAUUUAUACCGGAUGUUAAUGUUCUGCCAGCAGAUCAGUCUAUAAAUAUAAACGAUGAAAACUGGCAACAGGUUCGACGUUUCAUGGAGGAUGGCUUGCCAGUGUUGGAGAUUUAUGGCUAUAAGCCGCAGAGAGAUAUACCAUUUACUUUAAUUAUACCAAAAAUUGAUGUACGCACCAUUGAGAAGCCACGUCUCAAAGAGUUCAUGCUGGAACAUAUGGUACCGGGUCGGGCAUUCGAUAAUUAUGCCGACGAAGAUUCAGCAGCGGCAUCAUCAUCGUCGUCGUCGUCGUCCUCAUCGUCAUACGGCAAUGGUAAUGGCCAUAAGAUUGUCUUUCGCAAAUUGGAAAAAUCACCAAACAAUGUGGUCUGGCUGUUGAAUGGCUUCCAGAUAUUGCAUCGUGUCCGCAUCAAUGAUAAUUUAAUUGCAUUGGCCAUCGAUGGGUAUUUGGGCGAUCGAAAGUCACCGUAUUCGAAGCGGAACAUCCAGGAGGGCAGUAGUAGCCGUUACAAUGAACCACAACGUUUGGAGAUGCGCAACUCCACCGGCAACAUUGCCCACACCAAAAACGAACCGAUCCUUAAGGAGUCAAAGGCCAGCCCACUAAUGUCAUUUCUUGGCAGCAUGAAAAGUGGCACAAAAGUUUUCCAGCAUUUCCUUUCGAAAAGUAAUCUCACCCAAAUAAUGGACGAUGGCUCGUUCACCAUUCUCAUACCCACCGACAAUGCCUUUCAACGUUGGCACCCCAUCGAUUGGGGCUUCUAUCCGUUCAGUGUGCAGGAGUUUACGGAGAGUGUGCUGCGCAAUCAUUUCCUACCGAUGCAGAAACCGUUGCGUAUGGCCGAUGUAAAGAAUAUGGAUCAAAUGGCGGUGCGCACCAUGGGCGGAGAGAGUGUGGUGUUUAGGGGACAACCUGCACCGAAUGUCAACAAUGUUUCCAUAAUGUCCGAUUACACAUUGUCCAAUGGCAAUCAAGUGUUUAUCAUAACCGAAGUUUUGUUUGUCUCCGAAGCGGUAGUCUCCAAACUACAUCAGAUGCACAAGGACAAAGAGACACCACCGCUGUUGGCUUUCCCUUGGUUUGGGGCACAAUUUUUGUCACAUUCUUUCCUGGCGCUGGAACGAGAUCCUAGAUUUACACAAAUUACAAGGUUUUUAAACAAUGCUGAAAUUGCACCACAUGUAUCCGGAGCCAAUUACACAUUCUUUGUUCCAGACGAUAAAGCCUUUGAGAGAUUGGGCUUCGAUAAGCUGAGUGAUGAUGUUAUGGCCUCCCAACGAGGUGUUAAAAUGCUGCUGAAUCAUUUUGUCAAGGGACGUCUGUACAAUCGUGAUCUGAAGGAUAAUGAAGUCUUCGAGACGAUAGGUGGUGGCCAUAUUAAAAUAACACGAAAUCCUGGAAGUAAUGCGACCAGUGUUAACAAUGCCAAAAUAAUCGAAAGUGAGGUAUUCGUUUAUAAUUUGGGCACAAUGUUCUAUAUCGACGAUAUACUCUACUCGCAUUUGCUGCGCGAAUAUGUCAUCAAACAUAAGUCGCGGACAAAUUAUGCCGGUGGCAAUAACAAUGGACGUUCAUCGACAUUGGGCACACCCACCGAUGUUGAAAUUGUACCCAAUGAAUUCGAACAGAGCGGUGGUACCAAUAACGGUGGCGGAGGAGGUGGUGGCGAUUAUUCCAUACAUGAUGAAGACUUCGAUGAUGAAAUUAUCACACCCAAAGCGCUUCCCGUCCAAUUUUAUGAACUACCCAAGUAAGCGAGUGAACACUGAAACACCAGACAGCCAGCCAAGUGAAUGUGAAUGUGUGAGGAGUAUGAAGUCCAAGUUUGAAAUUUGGAGACAGAACAAAACAAAAACAUUGGAAAUUAAAAAGCAACAUUUUUGAUAAAAUAUCAAAAGAAAAAAACAAACAAACAAAUCGUAAACCCAAACAAAUUAGAGUGAAAAUUUUGAAAAGAAAAAUCUGAGAAAAAAAUAAUUUUUUUAUUCGAGACGGCGAUGAUGAUCUACAUACAUAAAUAAAGAAAAAUACAUACAGUAUAAUUUGAUUAUAUUUUUUUAAGAAUAACCGAAUUCCCAAUAAAGGAAAAUAAAAUCGAAAGAGUCCCCCUCCCCCAAUAUGGAGAAAAACAAAAACCCAAAACAUAAAUGGAGAGAUUGUUAGAAGGCUUCAAGCUUUUUUUGUGUAUAGUUUAGAGAUUAUUUUAAUAAUUGUAUGCAUUUUUAAGUAAACAAUACAAAAACAAAAAAACAAACAAACGAAACCAAUACGUAUACAUACAUAAAAUAUUAUUAUACAUAUAUAUAUAUAUAUAUUAUAUAUAAAUAUAUUUAAUGUUAAUUUUUUGUGUAGAUUUAACAAAAAGAAGAAUGUGAAAACAUCAAUUAGGUUUAUUAUUAUUUUCAAUAAUUUUUAGAUUUAGAGAAACUAAACAAAAGAGAAACCAACAACAAAUAUUCCGAAAUAAAAACAAAAAACAAACCUAAAAUAUAUGUAUAUCAAUCCAGUCUCUUGUAGGUGGUUUACAGAAAAAGAAUUGGUCCCAAAAAUGAGUUUGGAAAUCCCUAAAUUUCGAAAAGGUGAUGUAUAUUAUGUUCACUUAAAACUCACUGAACUGAAAAAACAGCAGCACUUCUUUACUCAAAUUACUGAUAGGUCAUCUCGUAUUCAAAACUUCUAUAUAUAAUUUUUGUUGAAAACUAAAAAAAGAAAAUGGCUACUUUAUGUAUUUAUAACGACAGAUUAAACAAUUGAUUCAUUCUAAUUUUAAUAAAAGGACAUUUUUGUGCAAAGACGUACUAAAUGUUUCUUUUAAAAUAGAUCGAUCCACAAUUACUUUUACUGGGCAAAAGUUUAAGUUGGGCUAUCCCCAACAAAUUUUGAAAAAACGUUUUAUAAUUUAAGUCUCUAAAGUCUUUAGGUAACUAUAAGCUUAAUCAUCUAUUUGAAAUCCUACUUCUUGUUGGGACCAAUUUAAUUUAAUGUAAACCAGAAUUGUGUGUAUUGGCACAUAUCUUUAAAAAAAACUACUAGCAAUUGGAAAAAGAAUUGUAUCUAAACGAGCCAUAAUUUAAAGGAAACAAAAGAUAAAAUGAUCAAAGGAAUCAGCUUUUGUCGCAGCAUUAUUAACAUGAUAUAUGUUUGCUAGGUGAUCAAAAAUUAAACGGGACUUGAAACUUAUAUAAGCUGGACCUAGACAUUGCAACAAUUGUGUCAAUGAUUCUACGACCCCUUAAAGCAUAUUGAUGGCAUUGGUCUCAAACCUAAAGUCUUUAUAAAGAAACUCAUUGAAGAAAUAAAAACAAGUAAAUUAAUAAUAUUACCUUAAAGGUCGUACGGAAAGCAAGAAAAUACGCGAACUAAUUAAGAAUUUUUGUAUCCAAAACUGAAGAAUUGAAGAGAGAGAGAGAGAAAUUAUAGUAAGCAAAGAUCAGAAAACAAAAAUAAAAAUAAAAAAUUCCACAUUUCAAAAAUUUGUUAAAUGAACUAAAGUAACAAAAACCACAACAACAACAAUAAACUAGUGAAAUAAAAUCA